CUUCCACUCUUCCCUCUCUGAUUCUCCCCCAGCGACAUGAGCAGCAACCACUUCAGUGGCUCGCUCCCUGCGUCCAUCAGCCUCCUCACAUCACUGCAGCACCUCGAUGUGAGCAGCAACCACUUCAGCGCUCUCUCCCUGCGUCCAUCAGCCUCCUCACAUCUCUGCAGCACCUGUGAGCCGCGCACAGCCCUCCCUGGCGUCAGGCAGGGGGGUGGGCAUGAAGUGAAUUGGAGCCGAGCGGACAUUGCUGCACUAACUUGUAUGAUGCGUCUCGGUGCUGCAUUCAGGGGCCUUGGAGGCAACAAUUUGCGUGGGCCCAUACCUGCUGGCAUAGGCAUGCUUGUUGAGCUGACAUCCCUGAGCAUCUCUGGCUCGGGGCUGACCUGCCCUGCAGACGGCAGCAAGUGUGUGGUGCAGCAGAGCAACGCCACCAGCUUCUGCCGCCUCUGCUUCUCCUUCUGCUCCUCCUGCACGCCCCACACGUACUCCAGUGCCAGCACCCACAGCAGCACCGGCAUCCUCCUCUCAGGAACCACCUGGUCUCGCCCAGACUGCCAUCAGUCUUGCUGCUGCUGCCAUCAGUCUCCUUGCUGCUGCUGCUGCUGUUGCUGCUAUCUCACUCUUGGCUAAGAGGACGCGAGGCUUGAAAUUGAGGAAGUUUUAGCUGAUAGGUAGGGGCUAGGUCUCAGAAUAAUGCAUUGACUAGAAUGGAGGGUACAGGGUGACUUUGUGCUAGUGAGUUGUACUCUCUAAGAGCAUCCACCUAUCUAGCCAAUAAUAGCAUAUGCAUAUA